UAUUUACAUUUGGCUGCAAUGCCAACACCUACACUGAAGGAUUCUAAGCCAAUAGCAUUAGUAGGUUGAUGUCUGGUGAGGCAGCGCUCCAGAGUUGCCAGAUCGAUAGCACUGUCUACAAAUGGCAUCUACCCGUUACAUUUCUCAAAUUAAAGCGGACCAAAAACGAAGCAGAACGAGGGUGAACAUCGGUCAAGCAUUUGAGUGUUGGUGCCGACUGAUGGAAGAAAACACACUUAAAAGCCACUUUCCUUCUCGACAGCUUGCCAAGAAGCUCGGGCUUGGGACAGGCAUGCAGUACUGACACUUCUACAGACAGAGACCUGAACGGACAGGGUCCAGCUGGCUAGUAUGGCAGAAGCAAACAGAGCAGAUGUGCAAGGUGCUUUGAUCUAGAUCAAAGAGGUGAAGUUCUCCUGCAUUUGGACCAUCAACAACUUCUGACAUGAAGAUAUGGGAGACGUCAUUAAGAUCUCUACUUUCUCCUCAGCAGCCAACGACAAACUCAAAUGAGAGUCAGAGGGUGCAUCGUUUUGUCCAGAGGAAGGACUGGGGUAUCAAAAAGUUCAUACGGACAUACUUCCUCAAGGACGGGGCCAACGAACAGCUACCUGAUGACAAACUAACACUUUUCUGUGAGGUAAGUUUAGUGCAAGACUCUGUAAACAUCCAGAACGCCAUGAACAUGGUGAAGGUUCCUGAUUACAGGUUGGCUGAGGAGCUUGGAGAUAUAUGGGAAAGCUCCAGAUUCCUAGACUGCUCCCUUUGUAUUGCUGGCCAAAAGUUUCAGGCACACAAAGCCAUCUUAACAGCUUCCUCACUGGUAUUCCGUGCCAUGUUUGAGCAGGAGAUGGAAGAGAGCACGAAGGCCCUCCCAGUGCGGUGGCGACCCAGCCCCCUGUUGUACCACCUGCCAGCCUUGUUCUGCCCUCCCACGAGCCUCGGUUGGUUCCACCUGAGGUGUUUGCAGAAUCGUGUGGAGAUAAAUGACAUGGAGCCAGAUGUCUUCAAAGAGAUGAUUUGCUUCGUCUACACAGGCACGGCCCCCAACCUGGACAAGAUGGCUGAUGACCUGCUGGCUGCAGCUGACAAGUAUGCUCUGGAGAGGCUGAAGGUGAUGUGCAAGGAUGCUCUGUCUGUAGAGCACGCCGCAGAGAUCCUCAUCCUCACCGACCUGCAUAGUGCCAACCAGCUCAAGACACACACCGUGGACUUCAUAAACUAUCAUGUGGCUGAUGCGAUGAAGACGUCAAGUUGGAAGUCCAUGGUGAUUUGUCACCCACACUUGGUGGCAGAGGCAUAUCACUUGCUGGGCUCAGCCCAGUGCCCCUUCCUGGGGCAUCCAAGAAAAUGGCUGAAACAACCGUAGCGGUCCUCAGCAACUCUUCUAUCCUAACCCUGCUGUGUCCUCCUGCACCGGCAGCCUCUCGUCUCCUUUCUCCCAGCCCUCUGUUUGCUCAUGUAGGU